GCCGCAUAUCAAGUCCUAUGUGUUUGAUCGCAAGGUCGCAUUUGUCGGCGGUAUUGACUUUGCAGAGAACCGGCAGGACACGCCGCAACAUGUCCGCCCUGAUCCGCGCCUCGUUCAGGUAGCACGAGACCUGAAUCAUCCAACCGGAAACGAAAAGCCUUGGCAGGAUGCAAUGGUCAAGGUGGAGGGGCGAGCCGCUGAACAGGUUGCCAUGAUCAUGGUGGAGCGCUGGUGGACGUACUGCAGAUCCAUUGGACUGGCACGCGCUCAAGCGAUGCGACCUGUAUCAGCGAUCCUUGACAGUACGCUGUGGCAGGUGAAGGGUGCCCUACACAGCAGCCACUGGAAAGAUUGGCAGUGCGACCAGAUGCCGAAAACCGGCGUUCUGGGAAAACUGCAGCUGCGCUAUCAGGGGGGCUCCGCAGAGGAGCGUGAGGUUCGAAUUGAGACACCUCAGAUACAGAGCCAAUACCUGGAACCAAAUGCCGAUAA